GGCCCACUGUGCACAAAAACAUGGCGAAGUGAAGAUUGCAGCUGCGUGGAUAUUAGCAGAGUUCUUUCGUGCAUCGAUUAAAAAAAAGAGAGAUUCAGCAAAUACACUUUGCAUAACAACUGUGAGAGAAUUUCCUCUCUGCUCCAGCGUCCUGAUUUGAAAGAUGGAGUCUUCCGACAAGGCAGGUGACGUGACGCCCAUGAGUGCUCAGAACGUGUACUCGGCUCUGGGUUUGAGCUCGGAGGAUGUCGAGGCUUUGGCUCAGAUCCCAGAGAACGAGAUCAGUGUGGAAACGUUACCGUUUCUCAUCAUGCAGCUCAAAGCCAAGCGGGCUGAAAAGGCGGCGGCGGCUGCCGCCGCUACUGACACAGACUCUAGCGACAAACCGGAGGCGGAGCCUAAACAGGCCAACCAGGAUACAGAAUCUUCAGAAAAAAGAAAAGAGAAGGUUGAAAGCCCGCCGUCCUUAAGUUCGUCACGUCAAGCAUCCAGCCAUGACCAUGAGCAUCAAGGGAAGGGGGAGGGUCACAAGAAGGCGGAGCGAGCGAGUACGGGAGGAAGGAAGGACUCCAGAUCGAGGAAGUCGUCCAGAGAGAGACAGAGUGGGGACGAAGUGACAUCAGAGGAAAAUGAGUUUGAUGACAAACCGACGGUUUUCCCGCACAUCUGUACGCUGUGCAAGACUGAGAGCAACGGCUCCAAGGCGUGGCACAGUCACAUCCGGGGCAUCCGGCACACCAAAGCCCGGAGAGAGCUCAUGCUGCUGUCCGGCUCAGCGGAUGACUUGGCCUCGUCCCGUCGAAGUUCUCGCUCGUCUCUGCCCAGUAAACGCUCCUACAGUUCAGAGCGGAGCACAGGAGACCUGUCCUCACCUUCUGAACGCUUUUUUCACCCUCCUAAGCCCUUCACGAAGGUGGUGGUGGCCAAAUAUCCGAUGGGUAGCAUGGCUGUGGCGGACAUGUUGGCGCUGGGGAAGCCAUUCGGAACCAUCGUGAAGCAUCUCAUCUUCCCUUUUAAGGGAUUUCUGGAGUUCAGCUCUCACGCAGAAGCGAAGGACAUGGUCACGCACUAUCAGACUAAACCCGCCUUCAUUAAGGGUCAGCGCAUCAGUCUGUGUUUAUCCCCGACCGUUGAGGUCAUUCACCCUCCAGAGGCAUAUGAGCCAUCGUCAAAGCGCUCAAAGUCGUCUGCUCAGACGGUGGUGUGUUUUUCGCGUCUGCCUCCUGGAAAAGAGAGCGAGGAAAAGGUUCUGGACCUGGCAGCUUUAUUCGGGGAAGUGCGUUAUUCCAAAUUCACUGAAGACAAGGCUCUGAUAGAGAUGGUGGAUUGGCGUGACGCGGACAUCAUGGUGAAGUACUAUCACUCCAACCCACUGAGGAUUCAAGACAAGAGCAUCAAAGUGUCCAUGUCCUCCCGAACAAACAUACGAGAUAGCCCCGAGCGUUCUUCCUCCAAAAAGUCCGACUCCUCCAAGAGCCACAGUAGCAGACAGAAAACUGAGUCGUCAUCUUCUAAGAGCACAUCUCAGUCCAGCAGCAAGGACAAGGAGAAGACCGCCGAUAAGGAGAAAGAGGGAGAGAAAAAAGAGGAGAAGGAGGAGGAGGGCGAGAAGAAAGAAGGUGAGGAGACAGAGAUGAAGGUGGAAGAGAAUGAGGAAGGCGUUCAGGUGGAGGAAGAACACCUGGCAGAUAAAAGUGGAGAGGAGGGCACCGCCGUGGGAACGGAAAAAGUAGACGAAAAGGAGGAGGUGGAGAAGGAAGGCGUGGAGCAGGUUGAUGCUGAGGAGGAGAAGAAAGAGGAAGAGGAGCAAGUUCAGGAGGAAAAAGAUGAGAGUAAAGGAGAGCGAGGAUUGGAGGAGGAGGUGGAGGAGCAGGAUGAUUUGGAGGACAUGGAUUUCCCAGAAAACAUGGACGACUUUGUAACUCUGGACGAGCUGGACAACACGGCCGGAGACUCGUUAGAUUCCUCUGAACCUCAGCAGAUGCAGGAGGGUAAGGUGGUGGUUGUGAGACCCAUCAGGAACGAGUUUAAAGAGACUCGUAAGAAGGCCAUGAGAGAAGCUCUGUUCAAGAUGGCUGCCCCGUUUGGUGAAGUAGUCAACUUCGCCAUCUCCUACUACAGACAUGAGGCUCUGAUUGAGCUGGAAUCGGUGGAGAAAGCUAACGAGAUGGUGAAGUUCUAUAAAAGCAGUAAGCGGUCGAAGCUGUGUGGGAGACCUGUGUCUGUGUCACUGUGUCUGGCCUUCAACACCAUUGAGGGUCCCAGUGGAAGAACAUUGUUUAUCAGCAUGCUCCCUCCUUUCAAGUAUUCGGACAAGUCCCUCCUCAGACUCGCACGACCUUUUGGGAAAAUCACCGCCUACUGCUUCAACAGGGUGUAUGGAACGUGUUAUAUCCAAAUGGAGACAGUCGAAGCGGCGGAGAAAAUGAUCCACAGGUAUUUACCCUGGCCUCUUAAAUUCUAUGGCACUCCACUAAAGAUCACUAAAUGCAGGAAAGGAGACUCUCUGAUUCCCUGGACCCCAGCGGAUAAGUUUGAGCGCUGGUAUGAGCCGAAGCUGGCGAGGAACAUAGAGGAGAGGAGAGAGAAUGGCCAGACGGCCAAAAACAGCAGCGGGGAGGACCGUCACAGUCCUGUGUCCAGCUCUGAAGGUGUGUGUGGAGAUCCUGCAGGUGAGGGUGAAGAUUCAGAGGAGGAGGAGAAAGACCAGACCCCCCUCGGACCCUACCAACCCGACAACCCUGUGGGUAUCGGCUACGUCGUCCCCAAGAGCGGCUUCUUCUGCAAGCUCUGUAACAUUUUUUACACGAAUGAGAAAAAAGCCAAAUCAGAGCAUUGCAGCAGCCUGGAACAUUACAACAUGCUGAAGAAGAAGCGUGGCGAGGCAGUGGAGGAGGAGGAGGAGGAACAGACGGAUGGACAGACAGAAGGAUGAAUGAAUGACCCAUGGAGAUCAGACAGCUAGUUUCACUGCAGUCCAUGAUUUGUUUUUAAAAAAAAAAAAGACUAGGAAAACAUUCCAGCAUCCAUGUUCCCAUUUUUGUUUUGUUACAUAUACUUCAUUUUGUUUUAUUUGACAAAGCGAGAGAGAGAGAGAGAGAGAGAGCUGUUCAUUGGAUUUAAAAAAAAUUUGCAAACUUCUAAAUUGUUUCAGGUGGUGUGUCUUUGUGUGAGCAGAAUAGGGGUUUACAGCCAUCGUAGCUUCUUAUCAAAUAAACAAAAGUCUGUUUCAACAAAA